AUGGCAGAGGGCAGGCCGGGGCUCACCGAGGGCCAGCGGCUCAACGCGCUGCCCGACACCUCGCCGCUGCUGCAGCCGGGCCUGGCGGAGCUGCGACGCCGAGCGCAGGAGGCGGGCGUGCCUCGGACAGCACUGCCGCUCGCCGACUCCUUCCUGCUGCGCUUCCUGCGCGCCCGGGACUUCGACCUGGAGCUGGCCUGGCGGUUACUAAAAAACUAUUAUAAGUGGAGAGAAGAAUGUCCAGAAAUAAGUGCAGACCUGCACCCCAGAAGCAUCCUUGGCCUUCUGAAGGCAGGCUACCUUGGGGUAUUGAGAUCCAGGGACCCUACUGGCAGCAGAGUUCUUAUUUACAGAAUUGCAAACUGGGACCCAAAAGUUUUCACUGCUUAUGAUGCGUUUCGUGUAAGUCUCAUCUCAUCAGAGCUUAUUGUCCAAGAGGUGGAAACUCAGCGGAAUGGAGUCAAAGUCAUCUUUGAUCUGGAAGGCUGGCAGUUUUCUCAUGCCUUUCAGAUUACUCCAUCUGUGGCCAAGAAGAUCGCGGCUGUGCUGACAGAUUCCUUUCCAUUAAAAGUUCGAGGCAUCCAUUUGAUAAACGAGCCAGCAGUUUUUCAUGCUGUCUUUUCCAUGAUUAAACCAUUCCUGACGGAAAAAAUUAAGGAAAGGAUUCAUAUGCAUGGGACCAAUUAUAAACAAAGCCUAGUUCAGCAUUUUCCAGACAUUCUUCCUCAGGAAUAUGGUGGUGAUGAAUUCUCCAUGGAGGACCUUUGUCAGGAGUGGACAAAUUUCAUAAUGAAGUCUGAAGAUUAUCUUCACAGCAUUUCUCAGACCUGCCACUGA